ACGAGCAAUUAUUGCGCUGACAGCCAAUUUAAAAUCCAAAAAACAGUCAUCUGGAUUUUUUAAUAUAAAAGCAACUGUGUGCAAAAAAAAAAAAAAAAAAAAAAUGCACUGAGUGCGCGAGAGUUUAUGGUGUGGGAAUAACAAGGCGCAACGCCGGGUGACGGGUUGAAGUGAGCUUGAGGCGCGAGAGCGUGAGUGCGCGCGCGCUCCCUGGAACGGGAGAGACGCUGCAGAGAAUGUGACGUUCGGCACCACGUGACCGUGUCACUGGGCGCGCGUGCAUGGUGCCCCCCGUCCCAAACCAGUCAGCGCAGAAGUCACAGCAAGACAUAAUCGAGUUAAAGUCCGAGUACGCGUGAGGUUAUAAAGGCGACUUGGUGAAAGCGUACACAUUCCGCGGACUGCCGUAAAGACACGUGGCCACUUGAUCCUAAAGUCCAAUAGCGAGAGAGAGAAAGUGAGUAGUUCAGAGAGAGAGAGAGAGAGAGAAAGUGUAGGAGUGGAAGUGCCGGAUAUCUGAAGCUGAACAAGAGGAACUCGUAUUCUCAUCCACAAACCCUGAUCGCACAACAUCUCCCACAGCAGCAGGUGGAAUACUUUGUGGCUGGAUUUCUUCGAUCUCAGUGCAGCAGGAUGUUUUACUUCCACUGUCCCCCACAGCUGGAUGGGGAGUGCUGCAGAACUAAUACCUUGAACUCAAACAGCUUUGGGAAUCAUGCCUCUGGAGAUUUCGAUGACGGCUUUCUCAGAAGAAAACAACGCAGAAACAGAACAACCUUCACUUUACAACAGUUAGAAGCCCUGGAAGCAGUUUUUGCUCAAACUCACUAUCCGGACGUGUUCACAAGAGAAGAACUGGCUAUGAAGAUUAAUCUGACAGAGGCCCGUGUCCAGGUGUGGUUUCAGAACCGAAGAGCAAAGUGGAGAAAAACAGAGAGAGGCAGCUCGGAUCAAGAGGGCGCAAAAGAGCAAAUUAGUGAAGGAACUCCUUCUGCUAGAUCUCUCAACCAGUCUCCUGUUGAUCAAAGCAGAAACAAAAAAGAACCUCUCGAAGCCCAACAAAACGUUAACAGAGCAGUUGGUGCUGGAGGGCCCUUUUUCCCAUCCUGUUUGCCUGGGACUCUUAUCAACACUGCAACUUAUGCCCAAGCUUUGUCUCAAGUGGCAACUUUGAAAGCAGGAAGCCCUCUGUGUUCUUGUUGUGUGCCUGACCCUAUGGGCCUCUCCUUCCUACCUCCCUAUGGGUGCCAGAGUAACCGGACGGCCAGCGUUGCAGCUCUGCGCAUGAAGGCCAGGGAACACUCCGAGGCUCUGCUGCAGUCAGCCAACCUACUUGGGGCAGUACCUGGGCCAGGAGCAAGAGUUUCUGUUGGUCUCACUCAAAGCACCAAUGCAGCGGGAGGAGAAGAUCCAAGUCCUGCCUCUGGUUCCUCAAAGAUUUCAACCCAAGGAACUACGCCUGAAAAGCAGCUGCAUUGCCCAAAGGAGAAUCCGGAUAAGAAAUAAAGGAGUAAUUUUUGCCUACACAGCACGUUUCCCCCUCCCGGACAUAAGGAAUUACAGUCUUAUAAUGAAUGCUUGCUGCCUAGUUCUUAUUUCACAUGCAGUCAAAAGCAUCAGGGCAAGGUGUUCAGUGAUAUUUACUAUUGUAUUAUAAUUUGAGUGUGGGUGCAUCAAGCUAUUUAUUCAAUUGUUGUUUAUCUAUCAUUGUUACAUUUUGCCUAUUAUUCUGAAUGAUAUCGCCUAUAUACCUUCGGCAUUGUAAAUGGUUUUAAUGGUGGAGAGACUGUUUGUGGGAUGAAUUUACCCUGGCUGCCAAUGUGAAUUCAUAUAUUUUUCCAGCCACUUUGAUGUAGGACUUAUACUGCCUUGUAAACUGUGAAGUCAGGUGAUGUAAGAAAUUGCAUUGUGUGAAGGACAAUUUUUUUUUUCUAAAAUGUAAAAAAAAGAUAUAUAUACCAUGCGCUAAUAUAAAUGACCUAAUGUAAAAUAACAUGCAAGUGUAUAUCUAUUGUGUUUUCUUGAUCUGGUAAAAGCAAUUUCAUCUUACUGCUCAUGGGAUGUGACACUCUUGUUGUCAUCACAUCUGCAAGGCAAUGACAGACUGUGAGUGUUCUCACUCUGGUCCUGU